AUGACGGCCUCUAAACCAAAUGCCAACAUGCUCUGGGGCGGCCGCUUCACUGGUGGUCUCGACCCGCUCAUGGUCUCCUACAAUGAGUCCAUCUACUUCGACCGAGCCAUCUACGCCCAAGACAUUCGAGGAAGCAUCGCAUACGCUCGAGCAAAUUCUAAAAUCGGUAUCCUGACUCAGGAAGAGUUCCAGGCCAUCGAGAAGGGUUUUGCUCAGGUCUUGUCCGAAUGGCAAAACGCGAAAUUUGAGAUCAAGCCUGGUGUUGACGAGGACAUUCACACGGCCAACGAACGCCGCCUCGGCGAGAUCAUUGGCACUCACAUUGCUGGCAAGCUCCAUACAGGUCGAAGCCGUAAUGACCAGGUCGGCACUGGUAUGCGCCUUUGGCUGCGAGAUCAGCUGCGAGAUAUUGAACAGCAUCUCAUCGCGCUGCUCCGUGUCACUACUUCACGAGCCCAAUCCGAAAUUUCGGCCCUGAUGCCUGGCUACACCCAUCUUCAGCGAGCACAACCAAUUCGCUGGUCUCAUUGGCUGUUGAGUUACGGCAGUGUUUUUACGUCCGACCUCGAGCGUCUCAGGGAGGUCAUCAGACGAGUCAACCGCUCUCCUCUCGGCUCCGGUGCUUUGGUGGGAAAUCCAUUCGGUAUUGACCGCGAAGCCAUGGCGAAAGAGCUUGGGUUUGAAGGAAUCAUCAACAACUCGAUGGCUGCUGUCGCCGAUCGGGAUUUUGUUAUCGAAGCUCUCCAAUGGGCGGCUACCUUGAUGCAACAUAUUUCUCGUUGGGCAGAAGACUUGAUCAUUUAUUCCACGGCCGAAUUCGGCUUCGUUAGACUGGCCGACGCAUACUCCACGGGAAGUAGUUUGAUGCCACAGAAAAAGAACCCCGACUCCCUCGAGCUUCUUCGAGGCAAGAGCGGCCGAGUGUUUGGCUACAUGGCCGGGCUGAUGAUGAGCGUCAAAGGACUGCCUUCGACGUACAACAAAGACCUGCAAGAGUCAUUUGAGCCAAUGCUCAACGGCAUCAAGACGUCCGCCGACUCUGUCCAAAUUGCCACCGGUGUUCUGUCAACCCUGACAAUCUUUCCUGACAAGAUGAGGGCGGCGUUGACUCCGGACAUGCUCGCUACCGACCUUGCGGACUAUCUCGUCCGCCAGGGCGUUCCAUUCCGCGAGACUCAUCAUAUCAGUGGCCGAGUCGUAGCGCUGGCAGAGAAAGAGGGUAAGCCAAUGGACAAGCUGACACUACAGCAAUUGCAACGUGUGGACAGCCGGUUCGGUGACGAUGUAAUGGACGCAUUCGACUACGAGAGCAGUGUGGAAAAGAGGGCCGUCCUAGGCGGGACCAGCAAGCAAAGUGUGGAGGAGCAGAUAACCAGGAUCCAGAAAAUGCUGGAGUAA